AUGAAGUCCAUUUUGGUUAUUCUUCUGUUUCUUCAGGGAACUACACUGUCUAAAAGUGAUCAGUUUCAGGUUGUUGGUCCAGAUGGUCCUCUUGUUAUUGGGGCUGGUGAAGAUGUGAUUCUGCCCUCUUCUCUCCAACCCAACAUCAGUGCUGUGGACAUGACAGUGGAGUGGUUUAGACUCCAUACAUCAGACUCACUGGUGCAUUUGUACAAAGAUGGUGUUGACAGGAAUGAAGAUCAGAUUCAGUCUUACAGAGGGAGGACAUCACUGUUUAAAGAUGAACUGCAGAAAGGCAACACGUCAUUGAAAUUAUUCAAAGUGAAAGUCUCUGACGAAGGAGAGUAUAAAUGUUUGAUCCGAUCUGAAAGCUGGUAUGAUGAUAUUACUGUUCAAGUCAGUGUUGAAACUUUGGGAACCCAGCCAGUGAUCUCAUUGGAGGGCUACAGUAAAGGUGGGGGACUCAGUCUACUGUGUGAAACUAAAGGCUGGAGGCCUGAACCUGAAGUUGUGUGGCUGGACAGUAAAGGAACCAGACUACCUGCUGAAGAUACAGAGACACUCAGAGACACAGAAAGUUUCUCUGUUAGACAUCGCAUCACAGUACAAGACAGUAACACCUACUACUGCAGAGUCAUACUGGGCAACCACAUGAAGGAGACAGAGAUUGUCAUCUCAAGCAAUAUUUUUCAAACCUGGAAAAAUCAUGUCAUCUGGAUUGCCAUUUUAUCCUCAGUUAUUGGUGUGAUAUUAAUAAUAAGGAUUAGGUACAUGAUAAGAAAGAAAGAGAUUGAGAGGAGACAAAAACAUAAAGAGUUUGCUAGGAGAAGAAAAUAUGACGUGGAUGUGACUCUGGAUCCUGAAACAGCUCAUCAUGAACUCGUCCUGUCUGAUGACGGGAAACAAGUGACACAUGGAGACAAACAACUGGAUCUCCCUGACAACCCAGAGAGAUUUGAUUAUUGGUUCAGUGUCCUGGGAAAGGAGGGGUUCUCCUCAGGGAGAUUUUACUAUGAGGUGGAAGUCACUGGGAAGACUGAAUGGACAUUAGGAGUUGUCAGAGAGUCCAUUAAGAGGAAAGGGGAAAACGUACAGAAUCCUAAACAUGGAAUGUGGACUAUGUGGUUGAGGAAUGGGAAUGAGUAUAAGGCUCUUGAUGAUUCCCCUGUCCCCCUCUCUCUGAAACAGAAACCCCAGAAGGUGGGGGUGUUUGUGGAUUAUGAAGAGGGUGUGGUCUCCUUUUAUGAUGUGGAGGCCAACUCCCAUAUCUACUCUUUCAUAGGUCAGUUGUUUGGUGAGAAAAUCUAUCCAUACUUCAAUCCCUAUUUUAAUCGUAAAGGUGAAAAUUCUGCUCCACUGGUCAUCACUGCUGUCAGUCACACUAUAUGA